CCCCCCUCCAACAACUACAUCUCACGACUCCCACAUUAAGCGAAGGAGGGAAAGAGGAGGGUGGUCUUGGCACUGCACGCUUGAGAAAAUGUCCACUGCAGGGAAGCCUAUUCGAUGCAGAGCUGCGGUUGGUCGGGCACCAGGGGAGCCUCUAGUGAUGGAGGAGAUUAUGGUGGCGCCGCCAAUGCCUCGGGAGGUUCGGAUUCGAAUCAUAUGCACCUCCCUAUGUCAUACUGAUGUCUCUAUCUGGAAACUAAAGGAUCCUCCUGGAAUGUUUCCAAGAAUUUUUGGUCACGAAGCUAUCGGGGUGGUGGAAAGUGUGGGGGAGGAUGUAGAUGAAGUAACUGAAGGAGACACUGUCAUCCCCAUAUUUGUCUCACAAUGUGGAGAAUGUGAAGAUUGUAGAUCAAAGAAGAGCAACCUGUGUUCAAAACUCCCUUUCAGAGUAUCUCCUUGGAUGCCAAGAUAUGACAGCAGCAGAUUCACUGACCUUAAAGGAGAAGUUAUAUACCACUUCAUGAACGUGUCGAGUUUUAGCGAGUACACAGUGGUGGAUGUUGCCAAUCUAGCAAAAAUCGAUCCCUCGGUCCCCCCAAACAAGGCGUGCCUUCUCAGCUGUGCAGUUGGAACAGGGGUUGGCGCUGCUUGGAAAACAGCAAAUGUGAAGGAAGGAUCAACUGUUGCUAUAUUUGGGCUUGGCUCUGUUGGAUUAGCUGUUGCAGAGGGAGCUAGACUAUGCGGAGCUACUAGAAUUAUUGGUGUAGAUGUUAAUCCAGACAAAAAAGAAAUUGGAAAGAAGUUUGGAGUCACAGACUUUGUCAACCCUGGAAAUUGUGGAGAUAAAUCUGCGAGCCAGCUGAUCAAUGAGAUGACUGGUGGGGGAGCAGACUAUUGUUUUGAAUGCAUAGGAGUAGCAGCCUUGGUGAAAGAAGCAUAUGCUUGCUGCCGAAAUGGUUGGGGGAAAACUGUUGUGAUAGGAGUGGCUAGGCCGGGGUCAGAAUUGGGAGUUAACUUUCAAGAUGUCCUUGAUGGAGGGGGGAAGAGCGUCAUGGGAUCCGUAUAUGGAGGAAUCAAAGCUAAGUUUGAUAUUCCCAUCCUCCUCAAGCGUUACUUGGACAAGGAACUGCAAUUGGAUGAGUUCGUCACGCACGAGAUACAGUUCGAUGAAAUCAACAAAGCUUUUGAUUUACUUAUUGAAGGACAGUGUCUGCGAUGUGUGAUUUGGAUGAACAAUUGAGAGACCUCCAACUAUAUAUAUAUAUAUAUAUAUUGAGAGAGAGAGAGAGAGAGAGAGAGAGAGAGAGAGAGAGAGAGAGAGAGAGAGAGAGAGAGAGAGAGAGAGAGAGAGAGAGAGAGAGAGAGAGAGAGAGAAAUUCUUAGUGUGCCCAAACCAAGUUUUGGUGCACCUUAUGUAAAUGGUCUGUCCCCUAAGUAAUCUUAAGCAAAUAAUGGACAGCUCUUAUUGUUUUCUGUAAAUUGCAAAAUUACAUAUGGAAUGUAAUCUCUAUGAUACUGUAAAUGCAGUAGAUGCCCCAGUGAAGUAUGUGUUGGGAGA